AUGGCUCGGUUGUUGAUUCCUCCGUGCAAAAGUUCGUGUUUUCCAAAGACCAGUCUCUUGAGUUUGUUCUCCUCGGCUCCUCUCCAGGCCACAAGCCGAGCUAGUUGCUUGAGGAGUUCUUUGAGAAGUGCAUCUAGUUACAUGCAACUUCUUCGUUCUGUGGUCUCACUCCAAAGAAAUAAUCAGUUUUCGCAUCCCGGAUUAUAUAUUACUACGCAACACAGUCAGAGGCUAAUCUGUUCAGUUGCUACAGACCCGGUACUCCAGCAGACCGAAGAAGCCAAAAUGGAUGCACCGAAGGAAAUCUUUUUGAAGGAUUAUAAGUUACCUGAUUAUUACUUCGAGACGGUUGAUUUGAGCUUUGCUCUGGGCGAGGAGAAAACACUUGUUAACUCAAAAAUAACUGUGUCCCCAAGAGUUGAAGGUUCCUCUUCCCCGCUGGUUUUGGAUGGACAUGAUCUAAAGCUACUCCCCAUCAAGAUCAAUGGGAACGGACUGAAGGAUGCAGAUUAUCAAGUUGAUUCCCGGCACUUGACCAUCCUGUCACCUCCAAGUGGCGCAUUCACUUUGGAAAUCCUCACCGAGAUUUAUCCAAAUAAGAACACUUCCCUCGAGUUAAAACACAGUGGACUUUACAAGUCAACUGGGAACUUCUGCACUCAAUGUGAAGCAGAGGGUUUCCGUAAUAUCACAUUUUUCCAGGAUCGUCCAGAUAUAAUGGCCAAGUACACGUGCCGAAUUGAAGCUGAUAAGUUGCUAUACCCAGUUUUGCUGUCUAAUGGAAAUCUUUUAGAACAAGGAGAACUUGAGGGUGGUAAACAUUUCGCUCUUUGGGAAGACCCCUUCAAAAAACCAUGUUACUUGUUUGCUUUAGUGGCUGGACAGCUGGAGAGCAGAGAUGACACAUUUGUCACGCGAACUGGUCGGAAUGUGCAGCUUAGAAUCUGGACCCCUGCAGAAGACUUGUCCAAGACUGCACAUGCCAUGUAUUCACUUAAGGCUGCAAUGAAAUGGGAUGAAGAUGUUUUUGGUCUUGAAUAUGACUUGGACCUCUUCAAUAUUGUUGUUGUCCCUGACUUCAACAUGGAGGCGAUGGAGAAUAAGAGUUUGAAUAUAUUCAAUUCCAAGCUUGUCUUGGCAUCUCCCGAGACUGCCUCAGAUGGUGAUUAUGAUGCCAUCUUGGGCGUUAUUGGUCAUGAGUAUUUCCAUAACUGGACAGGCAACAGGGUGACUUUAUUCAGAGACCAGGAAUUUUCAUCUGAUCUGGGAAGUCGCCCUGUGAAGAGGAUUGAUGAUGUUUCUAGACUUCGCAAUUAUCAGUUCCCACAGGAUGCUGGUCCCAUGGCGCACCCUGUUAGGCCUCAUUCUUACAUCAAGAUGGACAACUUCUAUACAGUCGUCCGGAUGUAUAAAACAUUGCUGGGAACCGAGGGGUUUAGAAAGGGGAUGGAUCUCUACUUUAAGAGGAAUGAUGGUCAAGCUGUCACCUAUGAAGAUUUUUAUGCUGCCAUGAGAGAUGCAAAUGGUGUUGAUUUUGCAAACUUCUUGUUAUGGUAUUCACAAGCUGGCACACCAAUUAUGAAAGUUGCUUCAAGUUAUAAUGCAGAAGCUAAGACUUACUCCUUGAAGUUCAGUCAAGAGGUGCCACCUACACCUGGACAGCCUAUAAAAGAACCUAUGUCCAUUCCAGUGGCAUUAGGCAUGUUGGACUCAAGUGGCAAGGACUUGCCGCUUACUUCUGUAUUUCACGAUGGGAUGUUGCAGUCCAUUGCCAGCAAUGGUGAACCAGUCUACAGUACUGUACUUAGGGUAACCAAGAAAGAAGAGGAGUUUAUUUUCUCCGACAUAACCGAGAAGCCAGUUCCUUCUCUGUUUUGGGGAUAUAGUGCUCCUAUCCGUCUUGAAGCCGAUCUUUCUGACGAUGAUCUGUUCUUCCUCCUUGCUCACGAUUCAGAUGAGUUCAACCGGUUUGUUCUCUUUGACUGA